AUACAUGUAUGAUUGAUUGAUUAUCGUCACGAGGUUGGCUUUGAGAGUGGUGACGGCGGCCGUAUUCUUGCUGUCCCGAGUAGGAGAGUAUCUCAGAACUUGUACAGGAUUCUUGCACGAGAUAAUUGUCACCCUACCCUCGGUCGAUCAUCUUACCGGGAACGUGCAUUAUAUGACUCGCGACCUCGUACAAGGACGCAUGACUCGACCACGUCUCGACUCGUUCUAUCACUAUCUAAAGCCAUAUUGCAGAAGUCCCACCUGUAGCUUGUAGUGAUACUCACGAGGCAGACUCCAAAAGAGAUCUUGACAAUUUCGCAACAUCAUACAAGAUGUACCUUCGCCCGAUCCACGCCGAACACGAUAUCCCAACCCUCCGUUCGCUCAUCCACAAGACCCAACUAGGCAUCCUCAUCACCGCCUUCGACCCUACCGGUACAUCCUCGGACAGACAACUUCACAGUACUCAUGUUCCAUGGGUCUUGCACGUGGAAGAUCCCAAGAGCGAGACCGAGCUGGGGGUACUGCAAGGGCAUAUGGCCAGACAGAACCCUCAAGCUAAACUCCUCGUCGAGCUGGCGAAUUCGAAGGCGAACAAGAACGACAACAACGAAGGGGUGAUCGAGGAGCGGGAUGUCAUGGUGCUCUUCACAGCCCCUCAGAACGCCUACAUCUCGCCCUCUUUCUAUACAUCGACCAAGCCCGCUACUGGAAAGGUCGUACCGACAUGGGAUUACGCUAGUGUGGCCGCCUAUGGGAAGAUCCGGGUGUACGCUCAGGGCGAAGAGGGGACGGGGGAGUUUCUGGAUGAACAGGUGGACAACUUGACUAGGGAGAGCGAAGCGAAACACCUUCACCCUCGAUCUCAAGCUCGAUCGCAGAACGGAGAUAAAGACGACGAGCAUCAAGAAGGCUGGAAAGUAUCCGACGCACCCACCCCUUAUAUCAACGUACUCAAACGCGCGAUCAUCGGGAUCGAGAUCAAGAUCACCCGGUUGGAAGGGAAGUGGAAGAUGAGCCAAGAGAUCUCGGAGGCGGAUCGGAAGGGGGUCGUCGAAGGUCUAGAGAGGCGGGAUAUGGAGCUGGGGAUGGAGAUGGGUGGAAGGGGAGUGGGGAAGAUUGUUGAGGAGCGAGGGGAGGUUGAGGUGAAGAAGAAGGAAGUUGCGGGGAAGGUGUGAUAGGUUGGGAUCGUGAGAGCGGUUCGGGAUGGGGUAUGGCGAGGUGAUUACUGGUAGUGCGGUAGGUCGUGGUAGAGUCUAGUUGUACCUUUCGUUUCAGCUAUGUGAGAUAUGAUAUAGGAGACAUACCUUGUUCCACGGAUUUUCAGUCGGUCUGGAACCAGGGCUAUCAAGUGCAGUAACAGAAUAUCACGAUCGAGCGAUUGAGACUCGGGAA